AUGGACAGUCAGGCGCACCGAAAGACAGACAAGUAUACCAAUGGUCAGGCGUACCGACGGACAGGUGUAACGAGCGACGUCCACGUCUACAGCGAGAGACGAGAUGGUGCUGGUCGGGUGUCGGAUCAUGCUGAGAACGUCGAAGAUAAUUUAGAAGCAGAUCCAGAUGACGAUCAAUCUUCUACCUCUCAGCCCUCGCUAAUGACUUUACCUGGAUUUGUACGUAGUCCAGAUACAAGAUGA